AGCACAUGAAAAUCGACACCCCCGGACCGCCCCUGCCGCCCAUCGGGAGCCCCAAGCAUACUUCGUCGCAGUCACCUCAACGCUGAACAGCGCAGCAGGUUAACGGGGAAGAUUCCCCCUCGCGCUCACCCGGAGCGCAGGACAGCGCGCGCUAAUAAUAAUAAGACAGCUCCCCUCGCUCGGGGCCAAGCGGCAGGAAGUUUGAUGCGCGGACGCAUUUCAUCCCCGCCACAGCUGGCGGAGCAGCACUGUCACCCCUUCGUUUUCACAGCACCCGGAGAACCACUCCCCCAAGAGCUCCUCCCCGCCCUGCACCAGGCCCAGCGCACAGGCAGACAGACCAACAGACAGCACUACCGAGCUCCCUCCGCUCUCCGCCCUCCUGAGGGAACCUGGACUUUGAUCCACUCCUCAGCCCUGCCUUCCCCUCUCGGCCCCACCAGCAUCACCCUACCACCAUGCACGCCCUUUCUGGCUGCUGUCUACUCCUGCUUCUCUUUGUGGUAGUCCGGGGAGCCCUGGAGACCCCCAGCGCGAUCCCGGUGCACGUCCAUCUGUCCUAUCCAGGUGAACCAGGCUCCAUGACUGUGACCUGGACCACAUGGGUCCCGGCCCGCUCAGAAGUGCAGUUCGGGAUGCAGCUGUCUGGGCCGCUGCCCCUCCGGGCACAGGGCAUCCUCACCACCUUCGUGGACGGGGGCACCCUGCGGCGCAGGCUCUACAUCCACCGGGUGACACUGCGGAAGCUGCUGCCCGGGGUCCAGUACGUUUACCGUUGUGGCAGUGCUCAGGGCUGGAGCCGUCGGUUCCGCUUCAGGGCCUUCAAGAAUGGGGUUCAUUGGAGCCCCCGGCUGGCCGUGUUCGGGGACAUGGGGGCUGACAACGCAAAGGCCCUCCCGCGGCUGCGCAGGGACACCCAGCAGGGCAUGUACGAUGCCAUUCUCCAUGUGGGAGACUUCGCCUACAACAUGGAUCAGGACAACGCCCGUGUCGGGGACAGGUUCAUGCAGCUCAUCGAGCCCGUGGCCGCCAACCUGCCCUACAUGACGUGCCCCGGGAAUCACGAGCAACGCUACAACUUCUCUAACUACAAGGCUCGCUUCAGCAUGCCAGGAGACAACGAAGGCCUGUGGUACAGCUGGGACCUGGGUCCGGCCCACAUCAUCUCCUUCUCCACUGAGGUCUACUUCUUUCUCCGUUACGGACGCCACCUGGUUCACAAGCAGUUUCAUUGGCUGGAAAGUGACCUCCAGAAAGCCAAUAAGAACCGGGCGGCGCGGCCGUGGAUCAUCACCAUGGGUCACCGGCCCAUGUACUGUUCCAACGCCGACCUGGACGACUGCACAAAGUACGAGAGCAAGGUCCGCAGAGGCCUCGGGGGCAAGUACGGGCUAGAGGAUCUUUUCUACAAGCAUGGGGUGGACCUGGAGCUGUGGGCUCACGAGCACUCCUAUGAGCGGCUGUGGCCCAUUUACAACUAUCAGGUUCUUAACGGGAGCUUCCAGCAGCCCUACACCCACCCUCGGGGUCCUGUCCACAUCAUCACAGGAUCUGCGGGCUGUGAGGAGCGUCUGACCCCCUUUGUCAUCAGGCCGAGGCCCUGGAGCGCCGUGCGCGUGAAGGAGUACGGGUACACGCGGAUGCACAUCCUCAACGGGACCCACCUGCACAUCCAACAGGUGUCUGACGACCAGGAUGGGAAGAUUGUGGAUGAUUUCUGGUUGGUGAGACCUCUGCACAGCCGGAUGAUGUACCUCUAGGCACACGGGACGCUCUCAUCAGGACACUAGCUUUGCUGCCUUGGCUGGUGGGACUGGACCAUUGGCCCUGGCCUGAGUGGGGAGUCAGGGCGGGCCCCACUCCCCUACCCUCCAGAGGCCUCGUGUGGGGUGUACGCAGCUCGAAGGAGGGCAGCUGUCUCUCUUCCGGACACGUGGGAGUCCUAGCUGGCUGCAGAGGGAGGGCAGGUAUGCAGCUCCCAGGCCAGCGCGGCGCGCCCUCCUCAUACCGCUGACCGGGCGGGAUACCCAAGUGCCUCAGAAUAAAGAGGCUUGCAGCUGUGGCCGUGUACACUCACCACUCUGCUGGCCACGCCCCUGAGCCGCCUCCCCCGACCCAAUGCCCCUCAGUGUGGAGCAGCGCCGGCCCCAAGGCAGCAGGGUAGGCACAGCUGUCAUGCCCUCGCUUCCCAGCAGGUGGCGUCGGCAGCCUGUUCUUCCCGUCCUGGCCCUCUGUCUUUCAAACCUGGUGCCGGCCUCGGUGGCCCGGGAAGUGCGGCCCAAUGUCCCAUCAUGCCUCAGUUUCUCAGCCAGUGCUCUCUUCCAUGGGAAGAAGGAGAGAAGGAGGCAACACAGCAACAUUUCCAAAUUCUGACUGGGGACUGACGGGUCUCAGGAGCUCACAUGCCUGUCAGUUUCUUCCUUCUUCCUUCCUUCCUUUCUCUUUCCCUUCCUCUUUUUAUUUAUUCAACCAUGAUUUAUUGAGCAUCUGCUAUGUGCCAGGCUGUGUUCUCAGUUCUAGGAAGCCAACCCCGAACAAGACACCUCUCUGCCCUCAUGGAGUGGGCAUUGCAAUCUGGGAAUUGGACAGGAAACACCAUAAACAAGAAAAUGACAGGCUGAUGAGCGCUCAGAAAAGGCAGGCAAGAGGGAUGGAGAGGGGGACAGGGUUAGCUUUCAGGGAGCCCUCACUGGGAGGUGACAUCUGAUCUGAAGGAGAUGAGGGAGAAGACAGGCGGGCUGAUGCCUGAAGGAAGAGCAUCUGAGGCAAAGGAAGAGCUGUGCAAAGGCCCUGAGACAGAGACUGGGCAGAUGGUAGGGCUAUUGGCCCAGAGGUGGAUUGGCAGGAGCAGCGGGACUUGGGGGUGGGGGCAGGGAGGUGACCAUGCAGACGGAGCUUUGUGGGCCACAGUGAGGGUUUUGGGUGGAGCCACGGGACAGCCCCCAGAUGAGGAGCAAUUUGGUGGGAUUCCAGCGGUCUCCAGGGUGCGGGCUGUCUGCAUGGCGUUGCUAUGGGACGACCUGCUCGCUCACCCUCCUCUGUGCUGAACAAUUUCGGGCUCUUCUGAUCAUAAUCUCAGCACCCUGGGCUGGGGGUCUGUGACCAGGGACUUUUUGUUCACGUCGGAGCCUGUCACCUCCACCAAAGCCUCCUGGGCCCCGCCCCCGGCCAGGGUGACAGCUUAUCACAGGAGGGCUGGCGAGAGCCGCACCCAGUGUGGCCUGGCACCUCUCGGACACUUGAUAAGUGUUUGUUGCCUAGAUGAAGGUGACUGCGGCUAGACUCUGGGCCAGCGACCCUGGGGGUCAUGUCCUGCAGAGCUGCAGUAGACAGGGAAACAGGCCGCCAAUCCAGGUGGCCCACAGCGGGGGAUGCCGUGGAGGGAUGGGCCGGGGCCCCGACGUCACACGCUGGAGAGUCACUGCAGGUGAGGGUGCACGGAGGAUCUGUCACCCAGGCUGCGUGGGGCGGGGGACAAGGCUGGGGGUGGGGCCCACAGAGGGCAAAGACCGCCCAGCUCUGCCCUUCCUGUGUGCGCGCCCUCUCCGAGUCCCACGCCCUCUUAUGCAUGAUAAGACUUUGUGCAUUGUCCGGGGGAUUAAAUGACAUCCAAGCCUUGGUA